AUGAUAUGGAAGAUCAAAGGAGAACUUUUCAGUCAGGUGGAGCAGGAGAAUUUCCAAACAAUUUAUUCCUCGCCAGAUCUCCGCAUUGGGCUUCCAGGAUUCCUGAGAUACAAAAGAGAGUCUCAGGAGAGGAUGUACAGUCCUCAGGGCUUCUGUUGUGAGAAAUACAAAGAGUUGUUUGAGAUUGUAGCCCACGAGAAACAUCUGGCUGUGAAGCGUUCGGGAAGGUCUAGUGGAUUUGACCGACUAGACAACCUCUUUACCAAUAAGAACGAAGAGCUACAAGUUAUAGCACAAGAAAGAGGAAAACACAGACAGCAGCAGAGAGAGAUUGAAAGAUUCAACAGUUUCUUGGCUGCAAAGAACAAUGUGUCCAAAACUAAGACAGUCAUAAGUUUUCGGCUGUCUAACUGUGCGCCCAAAGAGAAUAUCUGGAAAGUUCAAAAGGGCAUGCAUGAGAAGAGCUCUGAACAAUUGCCAGGUGAUGGGCCUUCUACACUGUGGUCAUUUGGGUUUGGCUUUACUCAUCAUCAGAACAAUUCAGGUUUCUUGGAAAAGUUCUAUUCCAAUGGAGAUAAAUUUCUUACUUUGUUUCCAGAUGGCUCGGCUCAAGUUUUCUAUCCUUCAGGAAACCUGGCAAUCAUUAUCCUCAUUAGUAAGAGGGAAAGGGUCUGCAUCAUACAUGAUGAUGUGACUGCUCCCCUUUGUCCAGUCAGAGCCCUCUUCCAGUCUGAUGGCAGAGCCACUUGUUACCAUGGCAACAGCAGCAUUUGGUUGAGUAUGGAUGCUUGGGGUGGGCAAACUCUAGAUGAGAGUGGGGCAAGGAUCAGAACAUGGAGCUGGACAGACCAUGCUCAAACGCAGACAACCCUGAGACCGAUCUUUCUGUCACUCAAUUUAAACAUAGGGGUUCGAGUUCUUGGGCGACAGUUGGUGUUUGUGUCAUUCCUUGCCAUGGGACAGCAAGCUAGGUUCAGAGUGGGUAGCUGCAUCUCGUCCACAGACCACAACACGCUUCCUCCUCGACCACUCAUGUGUAAAGAAGAGCUUGUACUUCUGGCAUGUAGGAUCGGCCUUCACAUGGCUCUGAUACGAUUACAGCAGUGCCAGGCCUUCCCAUCCAGCUCCACGCACCUGCAGGUCAGACCUCCACCCUUUCUCCACUCACUGGCCCGGAGGCUGCGUAGCAUGAGCUGCAGAGUGCAGAUGGAUGAAUCAGACAAGGCAUUUAUCCAGCACUGUCUGCAUGAACUUGGAAUGAAUGAAAUAACUAUAUUUUAAAUACGGCCCGCUUUAGCAAAUACUACAAAACAUGCGUGAGCAGUCUCACUCAACUAACUUUGGAAGCUUUAAAAUAAUUAAUAAUAACUUUAAUUGCAUGAAGAGAAACUAGUAGCUACAAUUAUUUUAAAUAUCUCCUCUUUUGUUUCACAGAAGUAAGUCAUACAGUUUUGCAACAAUAUGAGGAUGGAAUUUUUUGAACUAAUCUUUAAAGGAACAUUCCAGGUACAAUACAAGUUAAGCUCAAUCGACUGUUUUUGUAGCAUAAUGUUAUUACCACAAAAAAUUAUUUCGACUCGUCUCUCCUUUUCUUCAAGGUUACAAAUCGAGGUUACGGUGAGACACUUACAAUGGAAGUGAAUGGGGGCCAAUUUUUGUAGUGUUUAUAGACAGAAAUGUGAUGCUUAUAAUUUAUAAAUGCACUUACAGUAAUUCUGUUAAAACUUGUGUAUUUCUGGAGCUGUGAAGUUGUUAAAAAUGUUGUUUUUGCGAAUUACAGGAUUUCUUAUGUUCUUGUAAGUUGUAAAAUUAUAACUUUACACAGAAAAGGUUAGUAUGCCAUUUUAUCCAACUAAAAUCUUGUUACCACGCAUAUUGUUUACGUCUUGCGGCUAUACUUUUGAAACAGUGAGUUUUUAACCUUUACGGAUUGGCCCCCAUUCACUUCCAUUGGAAGUGCUUCACUGGAACUCAGAUUUUUGCUUUUUUUUUUUCUUUUUUUUUUUAACAACAGGAGGGAGAGGUUGAUAUUAAUUAUUUUAAUCGUUAUUCCAAAAAUUCUGCCAUAAAGACAAAAGAAAUUGCUAAUCCAAAGACUUAAUUCCAUGUUGUAAAGAUUAUAGCUUUCAAAGAAAAAACUAAAAAAUCUGAUUAUUGUGCAAGGAGCCUAACUGGAAAUAAUUGGGCAAUUAUUAAAGUAACCACAAUAUGGUGUUCCUUUACAGUAAGAAUUAGGUUUCUACUUAAAGCCAUACUGCUAAAUACGAAACAUCCAGAACUAGGAUCCACAAGUCUACAAUAGGAUGCUUAGACGGUGUAGCUAGGAUCAGAUUUUUCCCCUGAAGUGAUCUGGAUAAGAGUAGACUAAGGCUGAUUAUAGGUUAAAGACAUUACAUGAGUGAACCAAGCAACAUGAAGUGGCACGUGA